CAGCUGUAAAUUCUGCCAUGAUGGCAGUGGACUGUCUCCCAGUGUCUUCAUGCAUUGGGAAAGAGGCUGAGAACAGUCAUGAGCGGUUGAGCUGAAUCAACCCGCCGGGUUUUACAGUGCAGACUGCAUCGCCCUCCCAUCACGAUGAUGUUAUACAGUCCCAUCCCGUCCUCCGUGCAUCCCUGCAGCCCUCUGGAGGAGCGAACCCCCUCGCCGCCUGCUCCUCAUCAACCGUGACGUCAGGGCGGCGAGGCACGGGGGAGUUGUCCUCGCGCCGGAGCCCGGUGGAUGCUGCUGAAACAAGAUGGCUGUGCGCGCAGGAGGAGCAGCGGCGGAGAGCUGAGGCAAUGCAGAGGAGGAAGCAGAGGGGGGGCGAGGAAUCUACUCCUGUCUGUCCGGUCCGGUCUUCAAAGGAGCAACAGUCCCGCAGAAGGACAGACGAGUCUCUCUGAGAUGGUGUCAGUUUGUUGCCGCCUGGGUUCUGGGUAACGGGUCUCCGUCGCUCUGAGUUUUUCCUGUGGCCAAGACUCUCUAAAGAGGACUGACUAAACAAACCGCGGAGCACCAAGCAGAGGACAGCCGGGGACGCUCGCACCGCUUUCAGAGAUGUCCCUGCUGUGUGUGGGAGUGAAGAAAGCCAAGCUGGAUGGACCCCAAGAAAAGUUUAACACUUAUGUGACUCUAAAAGUGCAAAAUGUGAAGAGCACAACCAUCGCUGUCAGGGGCAACCUACCCUGCUGGGAGCAGGACUUCAUGUUUGAAAUCAACAGGCUGGAUCUUGGCCUGACAGUGGAGGUGUGGAACAAAGGAUUAAUCUGGGACACCAUGGUCGGCACCGUGUGGAUUCCCCUCCGUAGCAUCCGACAGUCAAAUGAGGAAGGUCCUGGGGAGUGGGUCACGUUGGACUCUCAAGUCAUCAUGGCUGACAGUGAGAUCUGUGGAACCAAAGAUCCCACUCUACACCUGGUGCUGCUUGAUACACGCUUUGAACUGCCACUAGAUAUCCCUGAAGAUGAGGCACGCUACUGGGCCAAAAAACUGGAGCAGCUCAAUGCCAUGAGGGACCAAGAUUACUCAUACCAGGAGGAACAGGAACGCCCUCUCCGUGCGCCAGGAACCCAGUGUUGUAACUGGAGUCUGUGGGGAGAUCAGCAAAAUGAGGACCCAGACAGCGCCGUUGACGACAGGGACAGCGACUAUCGCAGUGAAACCAGUAACAGCAUUCCACCUCCGUACUACAGCACGUCCCAACCCAAUGCCUCUGUCCACCAGUAUCCCAUCAGCCACCAGCAUCGGAGCUCCAGAAGUUUGUCGUAUCCACGCUCUGGGAACAACCAAGAUCUUGACUACCACCAUCAGAGGACAAUCAGCCCCACUGGAAGCUAUGCGUCUUCUGCAGAGCUCAGCCGGUGCAGCAGCCAGCUGAGUGAAGAAGAUUACGGAGGAGAGUAUGGAGAGAGGGAUCCGUAUGACGAGAAUGACUCAUACCACUCCUGCCACUCCUCUGUCAGCUACAGCAAAGGCUCCCCGGACUGGGACCCCGAUGAGACCCAGGGGGCGUACAGUGAUGAGGGCGGCUACAGCAAAGACGGAGGAGAGGAGGUUGCGCUCUACGAGGGAGAUGACGGAGAACUGUAUGAGGGGGAGGAGGAAGGUCUAUAUGAGGAUGAGGAGAUGAUGUAUGAUGAUGAGGACUUGUACAACCUGGACGGGACCCUCAGUGAGGACCUUGAGCCGCCGUUCACUCCCACUCCAACGUCAACCGCACCGCCGAUGCUUGACGUACCCAACUCCAGGCCUCCUCUGGAGAAACAGUCUUCUAUACACCAACAGCCCCCAGGUAAACCCCCCAACCAAACGUCCAAUCAGGCUCAGCCUCCCGCAGCACUGCCCCCUACUGGCCAACAAGCGGUCCAGCCCCCCAAACAACCCCAGACACAACCUCAACCUCAAGCAGCCCCAUCUGCCACAUCCUUCUUCUCAAUGGCCAAACCUCUGACUGCUGCAGUCACAGGCCUGGCUUCUUCAUUCCUGUCAUCAGUUCCCGCUGCCCAGCCUCCACAAGCUUAUCCACCAACGUCAGCCGUUCCUCAGCAGCACCAGUCCGCUGCAGCAAACUCUGUCCCUCCUUCACACCCGGCCACCAUGGCUAAUUCGGCAUCCCAGCUGCCCUCCACUGCCACGGGUCCUCCAUCCCAGCAGCCCCCGCCCUCCGAGGUGCCACAAUCACACGCCAGCGAACCCGCUACCACACAGCCGACCAGUCUUGAGGAUGUGGCGCCUCCGAUUGAGGAAGAGUGGUUAGAAAAUGAGAUGAAGGAAGUUGGUACUCCUCCUGCUCAACAGGAGGAGAAACUUCUUGCAGAGCAGAAAGAGGAGCAGUAUGAAGAGAGCAGACCGCCGACACCUGAAGAGCAAAAAGAGAUUCCACCUGAAAGUCCUCCAGUACCAGAGGAGCCAAAGGAGCCAGUGGAUCCAGCCAUCAGAGCCAAAGAGAACUGGCUCAGGCUCUAUAACAAGGUCUUAGACCAGCUACGAGAGGCUCGAGGAGAGACCUCCAACUCGCUCUGGUUUGGUAAAGGAGGAAUGGGAGGUGCGCUCUAUAGUAUUGACAGCAUGCCUGACCUUCGCAAGAGAAAAGCAAUUCCUCUCGUCAGAGAUCUGGCUAUGUCUCUGGUGCAGAACUCUCGCAAAGCUGGAAUCACCUCGGCCAUGGCUUCAACCACUCUUGGCAAUGAGGAGCUGAAGAGCCACGUGUAUAAGAAGACCCUGCAGGCUUUAAUUUACCCGAUCUCCUCCACCACUCCACAUAACUUUGAAGUGUGGACUGCCACCACCCCCACAUACUGCUACGAAUGCGAGGGGCUGCUGUGGGGGAUCGCGCGGCAGGGCAUGCGCUGCUCCGAGUGCGGCGUUAAAUGCCACGAAAAGUGCCAGGAUCUGCUUAAUGCCGACUGUCUGCAGAGAGCCGCAGAAAAGAGCUCCAAGCACGGCGCAGAGGAUCGGACACAGAACAUCAUAAUGGUACUGAAGGACCGCAUGAAGAUCAGAGAGAGGAAUAAACCAGAAAUCUUUGAGCUAAUCCAAGAAGUGUUUGGAUUGGACAAGACGAUGCACAGCACACAGAUGAAACAGAUCAAACAGAGCGUGCUCGACGGGACCUCCAAGUGGUCAGCAAAGAUUAGCAUUACAGUGGCUUGUGCUCAAGGUCUUCAGGCUAAAGACAAAACAGGCUCCAGUGACCCUUAUGUAACUGUCCAAGUUGGAAAGACAAAGAAAAGGACCAAAACCAUUUAUGGCAACCUGAACCCAGUUUGGGAAGAGAGCUUUCACUUUGAGUGCCACAACUCUUCUGACCGGAUCAAGGUCCGCGUCUGGGAUGAAGAUGACGACAUCAAGUCCCGUGUAAAACAGAGGUUCAAACGUGAGAGCGAUGACUUCCUGGGUCAGACCAUCAUCGAAGUGCGCACUCUGAGCGGGGAGAUGGAUGUUUGGUACAACCUGGAUAAGAGAACAGAUAAGUCUGCUGUGUCGGGGGCCAUCCGGAUGCACAUAAGUGUGGAAAUCAAAGGAGAAGAGACUGUAGCUCCUUACCAUGUGCAGUACACCUGUCUGCACGAGCACUUAUUCCAGUACACCACUGAGGACCAAAACGGAGGUGUAGUAAAGAUCCCAGAAGCCAAAGGUGAUGAUGCCUGGAAGGUGUACUUUGAUGAAACUGCACAGGAGAUCGUGGAUGAGUUUGCCAUGAGAUACGGAGUAGAAUCCAUCUACCAGGCCAUGACCCACUUUGCCUGCUUGUCGUCUAAGUACAUGUGCCCAGGAGUGCCAGCUGUGAUGAGCACUCUCCUCGCCAACAUCAACGCCUACUACGCCCACACCACCCAAUCUUCCAACAAUGUUUCUGCCUCGGACAGAUUCGCUGCAUCAAACUUUGGUAAAGAACGGUUUGUCAAACUGCUGGAUCAGCUUCACAACUCCCUGAGGAUCGACCUGUCCAUGUAUCGGAAUAACUUCCCCGCCAGCAGUCCUGAAAGACUGCAAGACCUUAAGUCUACUGUCGACCUGCUGACGAGCAUCACAUUUUUCAGGAUGAAGGUCCAGGAGUUGCAGAGUCCCCCCAGGGCAAGUCAGGUGGUGAAGGACUGUGUAAAAGCCUGUCUCAACUCUACCUACGAGUACAUCUUCAACAACUGCCACGACCUGUACAACAGGGAAUAUCAGACAGACCCGUCGAAAGCCGUUCCUCCAGAUGAACAGGGUCCCAGCAUCAAAAAUCUGGACUUCUGGUCAAAACUCAUCACACUGAUUGUUUCCAUAAUAGAGGAAGAUAAGAACUCUUACACUCCUUGCCUUAAUCAGUUUCCCCAAGAACUCAAUGUGGGUAAGAUCAGUGCAGAAGUCAUGUGGAACAUGUUUGCACAAGAUAUGAAAUACGCCAUGGAAGAGCAUGAGAAGAACCGCCUGUGUAAAAGUGCAGACUACAUGAAUUUGCACUUCAAGGUGAAGUGGCUUUAUAAUGAGUACUGCAAGGAGUUGCCCACUUUCCAGAAGCACGUACCCGAAUAUCCAGCCUGGUUCGAGCCAUUCGUCGACAUGUGGUUGGACGAAAACGAGGAAGUUUCCAGAGAUUUUCUUCAUGGCGCACUGGAGAGAGACAAGAAAGAUGGGUUCCAGGUCACGUCGGAGCACGCUUUGUUCUCCUGUUCGGUUGUGGACGUGUUCUCCCAGCUCAAUCAGAGCUUUGAAAUCAUUCGCAAGUUGGAAUGUCCCGACCCUCAGAUUGUCGGCAACUACAUGAAGAGAUUCGCCAAGACUAUCGGCAAUGUCCUGCUUUCUUAUGCAGACAUCAUAGCGAAAGACUUUCCAAAUCAUGUCAAGAAAGAGAAAGUGCCAUGUAUCAUAAUCAAUAACAUCCAGCAGCUUCGGGUUCAGCUGGAGAAGAUGUUUGAAGCCAUGGGAGGGAAAGAUCUCAACUUGGAGGCAAGUGACUUCCUGAAGGAGCUCCAGAACAAACUUAACAGCGUCAUGGAUGACCUCAGCCGUAUCUUUGCUGUCAGCUUCCAGCCCCAGAUUGAAGAUAACGUGAGGCAGAUGGGGGACAUCCUAGCCCAGGUGAAAGGUCAGACAGUCCCUGCAAAUGGAAGUGUGGUUCAGGAGGCUGACAACGUCCUGCAACCAAUCAUGGACUUCCUGGACAGCAACUUGUCGCUGUUUGCAAAGAUCUGUGAGAAGACAGUCCUGAAGAGAGUGCUGAAGGAACUGUGGAAACUUGUGAUGAACACGAUGGAAAAAACUAUUGUGCUUCCAACACUGACAGACCAGACGGGAACCCAGAUGAUCUUCAAUGCUGCUAAGGAGUUGGGUCAACUCUCCAAACUCAAGGAACACAUGGGCCGGGAGGAGGCCAAAGCUCUGACUCCCAAACAGUGUGCAGUCAUAGAGCUGGCGCUAGAUACUAUUAAGCAAUAUUUCCAUGCGGGUGGCGUUGGUCUGAAGAAGACGUUCCUAGAGAAAAGUCCCGAUUUGCAGUCUCUGCGUUACGCCUUGUCCCUGUACACGCAGGCCACUGACAAGCUCAUCAGGAAGUUUGUCCUCUCCCAGCAUGCUCAGGUCCAUGGAGGGAAAGGAAUCAGAUAUUCUGCAAAUGAAGACACCCCACCAGAAAAAGCCUCUGGGGUGGACGCGGUCGGUGAGGUGGUCAUGAACGUGGACAUUUUACCCCAGCCGAAUGGAGAGCACAAGAUCAGUAUUAAAGUGGUGGCUGCUAAUGACCUGAAAUGGAAAGCACAGGGUUUCAGGCCUUUUGUGGAAGUCUACAUUAUUGGGCCUCACCUCAGUGACAAAAAGAGGAAAUUUGCCACUAAGUCCAAGAACAACACCUGGUCACCAAAGUUCAACGAGAGCUACCAGUACUCGCUUGGCACUGAAGUGGGUCCGGAGAGCUACGAGCUGCAGGUGUGUGUGAAGGACUACUGCUUCGCCAGGGAAGACCGCACUGUGGGAAUGGCCGUGCUGCAGGUGAAUGACAUAGUAAACAAGGGCAGCGUCACCUGCUGGCUGCCGCUGGGACGACGGGUCCACAUGGACGAGACGGGCCUGACGGUGCUGCGCAUCCUCUCUCAGCGCAACAACGACGACGUGGCCAAAGAAUUUGUGAAGCUCAAGUCCGACCAGCGUUCAGCGGAAGAGGGCCGCAGCUGAGGCGGAGGAGGGCAACCCAAAAAAAUAAUAACAAAAAAAAAACGUGUGCACAAAAACACCAGAAACACACCCAACGAGGCGUCGUGUUACGCACACAUAACAGCCGCGCAUACAUAGAAAACCACGUGCAAUAUACAAGCACACAUGUGAAACUGCUCUACUGUACAUAUAUCUGCAUACAUUAUGCAACAUCUACAUUGUAAUGUUAUCAAACACUGGGGAAGUGAGUUUAUAUUGAAGAAAAAAAACAAAGACUUUAUUUAAUUUUGAAUAUUUCUGCAUCUGCACUAAGCUCUAAGUUUAUCGUUACUUAAUCUCCCAACACUCUUUCUGCUACAUCACACCUUUUAUAUGCUGUACAAUUAGUUGUGAUGAAAAGCAGCACAGAACCAACAACUAAACUAUGUGAAUAGUUUGACCACUUUGCACUUUUCCUUCUCUGCAUCUUCAGGAGAGCCGUCCUCGUCAUUAACUCAUUAACUCCGUCUCUCUGCCCGUCUGUUUGCUUGUGUGUCUGACCGCGUUGUUCGCCAUCCACAGUCUUCCUAAAAUACAAUGUGGUAUGUGAGACAUUCCUGCCAAAUAAAUCUCCCCCACCCCCCACAAAAAAGAAAAAAAAGAAAGAGAACACAAAUCAGUGUCGAGGGGCGACAUGUCUCUUAGUCUUUAACGUAAAUGUAUUAAUGUCCUGCAUGUUGACCCCAGGAACACUGUGACUCACCUCUCUAUAACCCACCACCCCCAAUCCUCUGAUACACUAUCUGUUUUGAGCAUGGUGCAAUGGUGCAUAUAAUCGUGUGACAGCAAGGUUCUGACUAAUGCUCAUUGUUGCAGAGAGGACACACUGGCAGGGAAACCGUUCUGAGCCACAGCUGUGAUGCGUUGAGUGAAGCAGAGCCUGUGGCCAGAUAGCGCAUCAAGUUAAACGGAGCAAUACCCCGGCCCCCCUCUCACUCUAGAGUGCACAUUAACCCCCUCCUUAAAAAAAUAAAAAAGGGCUAUAAGAUCUGUGGACUGGAUUGUCAUUUUCACUAAAACAUACUGUCAGUGCUUCUUUUGGCCGACUGAACACAAGAUUCAUCUCAGCUACCGAGCGUUGCAGAAGUAUUUAUACACGUUGGACUUUUCAGCAUUUUUUUUUAAUACACCCACAAUAUUUAAUGCAUUAUAUUUGAAUUUGAUGUCACAGAUCAACACAACUUAGCCAAUAACUGUAAACUGGAAAGAGACGGAAAUGAGUUUUCUGCAAAGACGUUUAGAAACCACGUAUUCUUUUCCUACCACCUUAAAAUUCUGCAGGCUUUUUCGUCGGUCCAUCCUCCCAAUAAAUAUGAAGGAGUUUGAGAAUGCAAAGUGACAAAACAAUUUCAAGAGGCUUAAAUAGUUUUUCAAGGCGCAGUAGCUGCAGCAGAAACUCCCUCAUAAGCAGAGCCCCAUACCGAAACUCCAUCCAAUAAGGCAAUACUAGCUUAUGAAUCCAUGAAACCCUCUGCUGUGUCUUCUCUUCAUGUGUACAUGCAUGUGUGUGAAAGCGUUGGCGUGUCAGUCCGGGCGGAUUGUCACUCCCAACUGUAUGGGCUCUCUGAUAGUGAGCAAUAUCUACACGCCCAAACUGUAUGCACUGUCAAUAUUAGAAAACUACAAGAGCACCAAGGGCACGAUCCACAUCAAAGGAAUGGGAAACUUAUGAUCGCAUCUUUUUUGUGAAUCACUGGGAUAUUUUCUUUACGGACUCAUAAAUUCCCAUUCCUGUUGGAAGUGUAUAAUCUUGUUUUUUUUCUUUUUUUCUUUACUUUUACUUUUUUAUUUAUUUUCUACAUACUUGCCUAAGGAAAGUGUCUUGAUUUUGCAAUUUCUUUAGGAAGAGUAAAUCUCCGAGAACCAGAGCACUUUUUUAAAAAAAAAAGAAUGAAGCCAUUAAAGUCACCGCCAAGCAUUUAUAAAGUUUAAGUAUUAUUUUAAGUCGUAAUGGUUAAUAAAUCGUUACCUUUUUUUGCAAAAAAAAAAAAAAAAGCAGACACUCAUAGCCAUAAUCAAGCUCGCCUUGCAGUCUCUUUGUAUCUCUAAAUGUCAGUGACAGUGACUAAAGCCGCCCACACAUUGGCCUGUUACAUGUUGUCUUUACUUUGAGGCUAAAAUCUACCAAAUAUAAAUCCUGUGAAUGUCACUUAUCCUCAGCAGAGCGCUUUCUCUGCUCUUGUGAAAUCUCAAACCGUGACUUGCUUAGAGACACCGACUCAUGCCUUUGAUUUAAGCCAACCGAUUUCACUUGACUCAUAAGAAUAUAAACACCCUACUGGGUUUCUCUGUGAAUCUUUGGCAAAGCUUAAAGGAGAACUCCACUGAUUUUUACACAUCAAAAACCUUCCUGAUUACCAUAUGAGAAAAUGUGUUACUUUGUUGCGUGAAGUAACGCAGACAUCCCCAACAUAUGUGUCUUUGGGAUUUUUAAAGCGAGGUGCUGAGAGAUUGCUGAUAGUUCAGAUUACAUAAUUUACACAUUAAGCAGUACAUAGUAAGCCCAACACAAUAAACCUUCAUAGAGGCAAAUAAUGAACAAAGACAUCUGGAAUGACGUACGCAACUGACAGAUUAUUUGGCCACAAGGGCUAAAACUAAUGGCUAAUCCAGGAGAGACUAAGACCGAAACCUGCUUCUACCUUUUUGAAAUAACUGCCUUCAGCAAGCAAUAUUUAGCGAACCUCAAAGCCACCUUUAUGUCGGGAUUGGUUGUUUGCAACACAAGAAGUGGAGGUAAGAGAAGAUUCACCAGGUAUCAUCUUCCUGUGUGAAACGUACGGAGACCUAAAUAAGUUACGUAAAGCAUUUCUAGUCAAAGUACCUGUUUUUCCUAGGCUCCUUGAUGCAUUGCAAGGAUUUUCUUGUUGGUUCUCAGAUCAGUGUUCUAACAUGGAGCAAAUGGUUUCUCACAGAGCAAACAUGGACUGCAAAAAAAAUGUAGGAAAAUCAGCUUGAUCACUUUAAAUUGGAUAGUUUCAGUCUGACUACCAGUACCUCUUAUAAAGGCUGAGGAGAAUGACAUGAACCAAUGGAAAAAUGUAGUGUCCACAUUCAUGUUGCUUCCUUAUCCAUGUAAUCCAAUAGAAAAUAAUACACAGUUCAAAAGAUCAAUCCUGUUUCACUUUGGGUUCAUGUUUAACACACAGCUACUGAAGGCACUGGUGAUUAUAGGUGCAGCAGCUGCAAACAAUCAAAGAGUUGGCAUGUUUAGUUAAAGAAUCAAGAAGUUUAGCAAAAUGUAAAUUGGUUAAAAAAAUAAAAAUUCUCCUCACUGCCUACAAAUGGCUUCCUGAACUUUACUGCAACUUCUGGUAGCUUACUGGACUUUGCAAACACAACCUGAGAGCCAACAGGACAAAGGUGGAUUAAAGUAAAGCGUUAAAAAAAAUCAGACAUAUUCCAAUGUUUAAGUGAAUGCUAUUUCAUAGAUUUUUACAUUGUUUUAUAAUGUCUUCAUAUGUGUUUCACUCAGGAAGAUCCACGGUGGUGCACUGCCUCUUACCUCCACUUCCUGAUUGUUUCCCUUCCCCAAGCAAAUGUGGUGACAGUUUUGAUGUUUGACAAAUAGGAAUCAAAAAUAUCUGCCACAUUUUGAGGUUGUAGUUGUUUUAGAAAGGUGGAAGUUGUUUCAGAAAAGCAAUUUUUAUUGGAAUAGCUGUAAGCUUUACUCUCCAUUUAUAAUACAUGAUAAAACUAUCAUUUAUUUACUGCAGUGAACUCUGACAUUUUAACACAUCACCUAAAAAAUUCUGAACCUUUUCCAUGGAGUUAGAUUUUAUUUAUUUAUUUUUUUUCCCUUAUUUUUCAGAAUUUCUAACAUUAGCCAGACUAAAUUGUUGUUGACUAAAUCAUUGCUUUGUUGGUCAUGGGAGAAAAAAAAGAAAGAAAAACAAAGGAUCUCUCUGCUCUGCUGCAUCAGCUUGAAUCAUUUUUAUUUAUCCUUUUUUUUCCCUGUCUGCAGCAGACAACAAAACUAAAGUGCAGUGAUAAAUCGGUGGAGUGCUCCUGCAGGGGUCAUGUGUUGCGUGUGACCCCAGGGCUCCAGACAAAAAAAAAACUUCCUGUUCAGUCUGGAUCUGAAAAAGCAACAACAGCGGCAGGGGCCCUUCUGGACUCCUGCACACACUCACCGACCGACAACACGCACCUGCACACCGAUCUCAGCUCAAGCACAAACAUGGGCAUGCGAGAUGACACACAUGCAUGCAUGCACGCAGACACAACUCUGUGGAGACCAAUGACGCCCACCCUGUGAAUAGAGUCAACUAAACUUGCAUGAUGGGAAACUUAAUUGUGCCAGCACGUGUCUCUUUGAUGUUAUUUGACCUUUUUAUCAUUAUUAUUAUUAUUAUUAUUAUUAUUUUUGCUUACUGACUUGGUCUUACUUUCCCGAGCUGUGUAAUAAGCCAUCUGUGUGUUGUUUUGUUUUUCAAAAAAAUAAUAAUAAAAUGACAAUAAUCAUGUUUCCAAUUUGAAUGUAGUGUGAACACAGAACUCGCAUGAGAGAAUUAUUUUCUACUGAGGACGUUUGUAAUUUGUUUCUUAUCGUUAUUGUUGUUGAAAUGAGGACGAAGCGGAGCUAGAAUGCAGCCUGAUUGUGAUCUGCUUCCUAUUAAAAGGAUGUUUUU